ACUUGCAUGGCUGUGAGGCUCUGUGUACCCUAUAAAGCUUACACGAGGAUUUUGUUGCUCCCUCGCCAUUUUGUUGUCUCUCUCUGCCCCCUGAUAAUUUCUCUCCCACCAUAAAGACAUGAAACCCACCUCAAGAAAAGCCGUAGUUUGAACUAUAGGAAAAAGCCCAGCCUUUGUGAAUUCCCAGGAUCUUGCUUGCGUUAGGAAUUACUGACUUUUUCUGAGUGACUGAGAAGGAGGGAUUCAGGUGACGGUGGUUUCACGGAGCCCAUAAUUUGUACCAAGGUUUUCGGUAUUAGGGUGAGCGUAUGCCUGGAAACAAGUACAACUGCAGUUCAUCCCAUAUACCGUCAUCUCGAACGGAGCGACUCUUGAGAGAAAGAGAGCUAAGAGAGCUGAGGAAGAGCAAUAGGGCUCUUAACUCCCACGAAGUGAAUGGAAAUCCAGAGCUCUUGGAGAAUGACCUACGUUUAGAAGGGGACAGUUCUAGGCAUUCAUAUGUUGAGCAAUACUUGGAAGGGGCUGCUGCUGCUGCCAGGGCUCAUGUUGAUUCAUGUGAACGGCAAGAUGUGAGGCCUUAUAGCAAGCAACGGCUGCUUGUCGUGGCUAACAGGCUCCCUGUUUCUGCUGUUAGAAGAGGUGAAGAUUCCUGGUCUCUCGAGAUAAGUGCUGGUGGUCUAGUUAGUGCUCUCCUGGGUGUGAAGGAAUUCGAAGCUAGAUGGAUAGGAUGGGCUGGAGUCAAUGUGCCGGAUGAGGUUGGACAGAAGGCACUGACCAAAGCUCUUGCUGAGAAGAGGUGUAUCCCCGUAUUCCUUGAUGAAGAGAUUGUGCAUCAGUAUUAUAAUGGCUAUUGCAACAACAUUCUGUGGCCACUUUUUCACUACCUUGGACUUCCGCAAGAAGAUCGGCUUGCUACAACCCGAAGUUUCCAGUCCCAAUUUGCUGCAUACAAGAAGGCAAAUCAAAUGUUUGCUGAUGUUGUUAAUAAGCACUACGAAGAAGGAGAUGUUGUCUGGUGCCACGAUUAUCAUCUGAUGUUUCUUCCUAAAUGCCUCAAGGAAUACAACAGUAAAAUGAAAGUUGGAUGGUUUCUCCAUACACCAUUCCCUUCGUCCGAGAUCCACAGAACAUUGCCAUCACGAUCAGAGCUGCUUCGUUCAGUUCUUGCUGCUGAUUUGGUUGGUUUCCAUACAUAUGAUUAUGCAAGGCAUUUUGUGAGUGCAUGCACUCGUAUUCUUGGACUCGAAGGAACACCUGAGGGAGUUGAGGAUCAAGGCAGGAUGACUCGAGUUGCUGCUUUUCCCAUCGGAAUAGAUUCUGAGCGGUUUAUACGAGCACUUGAAGUCCCUGAGGUCCAACAACACAUGAGAGAAUUGAGGGAAAGAUUUGCUGGCAGAAAGGUGAUGUUAGGUGUUGAUCGCCUUGAUAUGAUCAAAGGGAUCCCACAAAAGAUUCUAGCAUUUGAAAAAUUUCUUGAGGAAAACCCAACCUGGCGUGAUAAAGUGGUCUUACUGCAAAUAGCGGUGCCAACGAGGACAGAUGUCCCUGAAUAUCAAAAACUCACAAGUCAAGUUCAUGAGAUUGUCGGACGCAUUAAUGGUCGUUUUGGGACACUGACUGCUGUGCCAAUACAUCACCUGGAUCGUUCUCUGGACUUUCACGCCUUAUGUGCAGUUUAUGCUGUCACUGAUGUAGCACUCGUAACAUCUCUGAGAGAUGGGAUGAACCUUGUGAGCUAUGAAUUUGUUGCUUGCCAAGAGGCGAAAAAGGGAGUUCUCAUUCUCAGUGAAUUCGCAGGUGCUGCGCAGUCUCUUGGUGCCGGGGCCAUUCUUGUGAAUCCUUGGAACAUAACAGAAGUUGCAGCUUCCAUCGGACAGGCCCUAAACAUGUCACAAGAAGAGAGGGAAUUGAGACAUCAACACAACUUUCAUCAUGUAAAAACUCAUACUGCUCAAGAAUGGGCAGAAACUUUUGUGAGUGAAUUGAAUGACACUGUUAUAGAGGCCCAGCUACGAAUUAGCAAAGUCCCACCCGAGCUUCCACAACAGGAUGCAAUUCGAAAGUACUCCCAGUCUAACAAUAGGUUGCUGAUCCUGGGUUUCAACGCAACACUGACUGAACCUGCGGAUAAUCAAGGGAGAAGAGGUGACCAAAUCAAGGAAUUGGAUCUUAAAUUGCAUCCGGAGGUUAAAGGGGCAUUAAAAGCACUAUGCAGCGAUCCGAGAACAACGAUAGUUGUACUGAGUGGUAGCGGAAGAACUGUGUUGGACAAGAACUUCUGUGAGUACGAUAUGUGGUUGGCAGCGGAAAACGGGAUGUUUUUGAGGCUUACAAACGGAGAGUGGAUGACAACAAUGCCCGAACACUUGAACAUGGAAUGGGUCGAUAGCGUGAAGCAUGUUUUCAAGUACUUUACCGAAAGAACUCCGAGGUCACACUUUGAAGUACGCGAGACUUCGCUCGUAUGGAACUACAAAUACGCAGAUGUUGAAUUCGGAAGAAUUCAAGCAAGAGACCUGUUACAGCAUCUGUGGACAGGUCCGAUCUCGAACGCUUCAGUUGAUGUCGUUCAAGGAAGCCGUUCUGUCGAAGUUCGGGCAGUUGGUGUCACAAAGGGAGCAGCGAUUGAUCGGAUUCUUGGAGAGAUAGUUCACAGCAAGUCGAUGACGACACCGAUCGAUUAUGUCUUGUGCAUUGGUCAUUUCCUUGGAAAGGACGAAGACGUUUAUACCUUCUUCGAACCAGAACUUCCGUCUGAUAUCCCAGCCAUCGCUCGGGCCAAGCCAUCUGAUGGAUCGAAGCCGACGGGAGAGAGACGUCCGCCUUACAAGUCAUCGCAGAUCAAAAGCGGAACGAAGUCAUCAUCAUCCUCACCAUCUUCCUCCUCCUCCUCUGCUUCCAACAACAACAACAACAAUCACAAGUCGCAUAAACCCUUGCAGGCUUCCGAGAAGAAAUCGUCCAACCACGGACACGGUUACUCGAGGCGUCCUUCUCCCGAGAAGAUCUCCUGGAACGUUCUUGACCUCAAGGGCGAGAAUUACUUCUCCUGCGCUGUGGGCCGUACCCGAACCAGCGCUCGUUACCUCCUCAGUUCCUCCGACGACGUUGUUUCCUUCCUCCAGAAUCUCGCGGACUCGGCCACCUUCAUGAACGGAUCUUUCUCACCUUGAAUCCGAGUCCACGACAGAGAUUGAACAUUGUUUUGUACAACGACAGAGUGUUAUGACAACAUAUGGUAGAAAUAAAGUGAUGAAUGCAUAACGCCGCAAUUCUCAGUGACA